AUGAGGCAUGUCCUCAUCAUCCGAGUCUUCAUCCUCAUCCAGGUCUUUCAGGGUGUUCCUGUGACAUCACUCCGAUUCCUGUUUGAUGGGCGGAGGAUCAAUGAUGAGGAAACCCCAAAGCAGCUCGACAUGGAGAAUGAUGAUGUGAUUGAAGUGUAUCAAGAGCAGACUGGAGGUUUUUGAAAUCUGUGAACACUUGAAAGAAUGAAUGUGUGAGUGUCCUGGAGAAUGUCAGGAGCAGCCUGGAAGAUUUCAACCUGUGUUGAAUGUAAAAGGAUGAAUGUACUGAAUGAUUUGCAUUAUUGGCCAUAGCAUUUUCCCAUCCAUCCAUCAAGAUUCAAGACUUCUUUCUGUCUGUUGGAGUCAUUGGUUGCACUUACCUGUACAAUAAUGCUAAAACACUAAAUAUUUAAUGGAAGCAAACCCAAGAAACUGAACAGCUCUGUAAGCAGUUUUCCAUUUUUGAUCUGUGAGAGGCUUUUCCUUUCAUUUGUCCUACCUGAGAGGUAAUAAACUCUCCCCACUGUCACCUAGUGAUUUUCUUUUUUAUAGCUCUGAAUUGAUCAAGAUUUGUCACAUGGGUUAGGAAAGAGAUUGGGAAUGGGGUCAUUCAUCUUUCAUACCCUGAAUUUAAUAAAAAUUGUGGGAGGUAUCACAUGGACUUUUCUGUAUUUGUCAUGGAGGUUUGCCCAUUGAGGAAAAACUCAUCAAAUAUUUUUGCAUUCAUUCCCAAGGGUUACCCCAAUAAAGCAACAUUUUUACUCA